CACCCUCAGUGUGUGUGUGUACUGAUGAUCACUUCCUCAGAGAGAGAGAGAAGGAGAGAGAGAGAGAGAGAGACUGUUGGCACAUUGAGCUCCAGAGUAAAGGCUGAUCAUGACAGGUUUCUAAUGCACGGCCUGGACGACCGGACAAACUGCACCGCCCGGAUCCGACGGUAAAGCCUGCGGUAAUCGCGGGAAGGAAGGACGGACAGACGGCGGUAACAGAGGGCUGUAAGACCCAGCAGGGGUGGAGGAGUUAAGGCGACAGAGAAAGCCAGAGUGAGAGCGAGAAGACCAUGCGAGAAUACAAAGUGGUCGUGCUCGGCUCCGGCGGUGUGGGUAAAUCCGCCCUGACCGUCCAGUUCGUCACGGGCUCCUUCAUCGAGAAGUACGACCCGACGAUAGAGGACUUCUACCGCAAGGAGAUCGAGGUGGACUCGUCACCGUCAGUGCUCGAGAUCCUGGACACGGCCGGCACAGAGCAGUUCGCCUCCAUGCGAGACUUGUACAUCAAGAACGGCCAGGGUUUCAUCCUGGUCUACAGCCUGGUCAACCAGCAGAGCUUCCAGGACAUCAAGCCCAUGCGAGACCAGAUCAUAAGGGUCAAGCGCUACGAGCGGGUUCCCAUGAUUCUCGUAGGAAACAAGGUGGAUCUGGAGGGUGAGCGGGAGGUGUCCUCAGUUGAGGGCAAAGCGCUGGCUGAAGAGUGGAACUGCCCCUUCAUGGAGACCUCGGCCAAAAAUAAAGGCUCAGUGGACGAGCUGUUCGCGGAGAUCGUACGCCAGAUGAACUACGCCGCGACGCCCAACGGGGACGAGCAGUGCUGCUCUUCCUGUGUCAUUCUCUAAGCGCUCGGAUUCGGCUGCUUCUUCAUGUCGCUUUGGUUUUGUUUUGUUUUUGUUUCCCCCCCCCCAUUUUGCAGUCGCAGCCACGAGCGCGCGAUCAAUAACGUGACUCCGUGAGACUCCAUUAAAAACGGGAAGUUUGAGCAAAAACAAAAAGGCGAGGGAAAAAAAAGAUCCCUGUAUCUCUCUAAAGAAUCCUGGUUUCUGGUGUUAAAUGUCAUCAGUAUUUAAAAGAAAGUCCUAUGUUUUCUUGCACAUGCGCAGUACGAGCACGAGAGAGAAGGGAAAAGGUGCAUCAGUGUUUACAAUGACACAAUACUUGAAUGUUCUGGGACUGACACAAAACAACCCAGGUGUUAUAUUUUUUUUUGUACUUUGUCUACCUGGUGCCUAGCUUAUGUGGGGUUUUUAGUUGCAAAACUUUUUUUGGGUUGUUUUGGCAGGAUAUAAUAACUGUAUCCGUCUUUUUGGCCUGCUUUUGCAGUAUCACUUCCGGUUUAUGGAGAUGCGGAUCACACUUAUUGGUAACUAGUAGCAUCUGGUAACUAUGGAAACUAAACGACGUCUUCGAGCCGGAAGUAGUUUGAGUUUUUUGUUUGUUUUCUUUUUUUUCUUCUUUUAAUAAUGUGAUGUCCGGGGUCUCGCGAGGAUAAUAAUAAAUAAACACGAACUUCACUUUAGGGUCAACUUUAGGAAGCCAAAUGGCGUAAUAAAAGGAUUACGUUUUGCUGCACGCGACGACUCGAAGGAUCUGCAAAAAAACACACACUUGGGAUUCUUUCCGUGUUGUAUUUUAUUUAAAAACAAACAAAAACAAAAAAAACGAAAGGAAAGAAGAGUCAACGGAAGUUGUGACAAUUCCGAAACCACGCCACAGCGACUUUUGUUGUUGUUGUUGUUUUUGUUGUUUUUUUUUUCUUUAACUCAGCGUGCGCGAGGACCUUACUGUGGUGACGUAAGGACGUCGUGAUGACGCCGUGCGUCGAGUGCCUUCCAUUUUUAGUGCCAACCUGAGAAGGUCUGAGGAAGUUUUAUGGCAAAGUACUUAAACUGUUUCACUUAACAAAAACACACACAAGGUGGUUAUAAAAAGUGUUUGUAACGCCUCAUGUCAAAGGAGUCAUGUUCUUUUGGCUCACAAUUUGGCCUUUAGUUAUGUUAUGUUGUUUUUAUUUUAUUAUUAUUAUUUUGUUUACUGCCCCUUUCCUUAAAGCUGGUCUAUUUUUGGCCAAAUAGGGUUUAAAUCUCACAGGUACUGGAGCUGUCUGAGCUCCGACUCAUAACCAUCAUCCACUUCCUCUUGACCAGCUUUGUUUUGUUUUGGUUCAUUCUUUUAUUUUAAUUUUUUUAACACAAAAAAAUGUGAUGUAUCAUUUGAAAUUCUAAUCCGAUUGUACGGUUGAAUGCAGGUCGGCUUUUUAACAGCUGUUCUGAAUGUUUAAAAAGACUUUUAAUACAAAUUGCAUUUUUAAAAAAUA